GGACUCUCAGAAGUUGACAGCAUACUCCUCUUGACAGCCGAGUCUAAGGCUAUCUACCAGCUCAGCGAUGUUAUGGCCAAACCCAUGCCUGACGCAAUAGACGACUGUAGCCUCGCCACCAUGUGCCCACCACGGCACGCCCAUCGCCAGGACUCGCCACGAGCUGGUCCGAAGUGA